GUAGGAUUACAGACGAUUCAGAUCAACCAUCGGUCGAUUCAGUUAUGUGCAGUGGCAUUAGGGCAACCUGUUGUAUUUGAAGAUGAGGAAGAACAAGAUAUUCUCGACACAAUGGAUCCACGACUGAACAUUUGGCGAACCCUUUUGAUCUAUCGCAUUGAUCAUCACAGAUUGACCUGUUUAGCUCAUCUCAAUAUGGCUGAUUAUCCUGACUCCAGACUGGGAUUUUUAGGCCGAGAAGUCUUUUUUUUCUCAUCGACAGAACAAGCAUGGACUCAACCCUGGUUAGAGAUCAUCUCACCAGACCAUGCGUCUCGUGUUGACAUGGCCUACAUGUUGGCUUUCGGACCUAAUUUACCGAGAUAUGGAGGACGUUGUUAUAUUGUUCAGUUGGAUGUGGAUGGACAAGAAACCACAUUGGAUCCUAUCCAGACCGAACUUGUCUGGCAUCCUCGUCUACAGCGAUUUAUACCCCACACGCAAUCGACAACCAGUCCAUCUUAUCCAGCACAAUUGAUCACUACCGUUCGAUUAGGCUCAGAAGUGAGCUGCAUGUAUCAUUUUCGACAUAGCCCACAACUACACCAUUUGAUCUGUACGGGCAAUUACGAUACAGACGAAGUGUCUAUUUGGGACUGGCGGUUUGGGAUCAAAGUAGGUUUGAUUCCCGGUGGGGAUAAAGAGAACAUACAACCUUGGGGAUUUGAAACCACAUGGGCUAUA